AUGCGAGCGCCCCGGGAGUCCUCGCUUCGACGGAGGCAAACGGAGAUGCUCCCUGGGGGGUUGUUUGCGGAGACCCGGAGGAGGACGUCGCCACGGCCGACUAGGCGCCCUGACCAGGUGCGGCCAAAGUUAGGGGAGGCCUCACCCGGGUCGGGCCCAGGCGGCCGCGGGCUCCCGCGCCCACACCUGCAGCCCCCGCCCCCCCCCCCGCCUCGCUCUCCCCAGCGCCCCCGAGGAUCGGGAAGAGGCAGGUCACUCGGGCACGCCUCCGUGGGGUCCCUUCCGGGGGACGCGGGCAGCCCGGCCCCGUUUCCCAGCACCUGGGGGGGCGGAGCCCGAGGUCCCCGGCGGGGAGCGACGCGCGGGCUCGGGGCCCCGCGGCUCGGCGCGCGUCGCAGCGGUGCGCGCCCCCGCCUGGCGCGGCCCCCGGGAGGCCCCGGCCGGUCCCGAGCGCCCCGAGCCCGUUCCGGGAAGGUGACUCAGCGACGCGCCCCGGGCUCGAGAAACUCCGCAGGACUAAGAACCGGGGGGAAGGAGCCGGGGCGUCCCGGCCCUCCCGCCGCGCCGCAGCCGCAGCCGCAGCCGCGGCCCCGGACCUCCGGACCCCCCACCCCCACUCCCCGGGAACCCGAACCCGGGGGACCGCUGCGCUGCAGCCGCAGUGCCGUGGUCACGCGACGCGGGGACGAGCGGCGGCGGCGGCGGCGGCGGCGGAGGAGGAGGAGGAGGAGGAGGAGGAGGCUCGGUGCGGGAGCCAGAGGGCCAGGGCCAGCCCGCCUCCCCCUCCUCCCCCCCGCCUCGUCCCCCUCCCCUCCCCUCCCCUCCCCACCCCUCCCCACGUCCCCUCCAGUGAAGGCUACGGUCGAAGCCUGGAUUAGGCGCCGCGAAAACGCGGGGCUCGGGCGGGUGCUCCCCGAGAUCGCAGCCUGGGAGCGAGGUGCCUGCGGAGGCCAGGGCAGCCUCCCCCUCUCCCCCGCUCGGGAGGGCACUUCAUUCAGGCCUGAGGAGCCGCUGCGUUAAACCUUGGAACCUGGUGGAAACUGAGGCACAGGGAAGGGAAGACCUGGCGGUGCAGGAGUCCGUGGCCCGCGCUGACCUCCAGCCUGUCUCUAAAGUACCGCAUCUGCCUCCAGAAACUGGCCCAUCAGCAUCCCGGCCAGGGGAAACAGGAUGGGCCAAAAACAAGAUGCUGUGGCCCUUUGACAGUUGGGGGAACCCAAACCCUGGGAAGUGAAGGUUCUUGCAAAUGCUUAGCACCGGUUCCCAGCAGAGCUGAGAAGCAAACGCAGGAGUCCUGCCCCAGCCUGGAAGACUGAGGCCACCCCAGGCUUCUCGCACAUGUUUGAGUAUCCGCCGACCUGAGACAGAGAGAGAGAGGCAGAGACACAGGCAGAGGGUGAAGCAGGCUCCAUGGAGAGAGCCAGCGACGUGGGACUCCAUCCCGGGUCCCCAGGAUCAUGCCCUGGGCUAAAGGCAGGCGCUAAACCGCUGAGCCACCCGGGCUGCCCGAUUUCACCUUUUCAAUCAAAGAAAGUGCAAACGCGAGGUGUCCUGAAAAAGGGACGUGUUCCUGCAGAUGUGGGAGGAAGGAGGGUGUCUGGAAGCCAGACCUACCCUCCUCCUCACGUUGUCAAGGAACCUUGUGAUGGCCUUGGCCCCACCCAGAUCAUCCAGGAUAAUCUCACCCUUCUAGAGCCUUAAUGUGAGGUUUCCGAAGCAUCCGCAACGUGUAGCAUCCGCAACGUCCCCUUUGCCAUAUAAGGUAAUCCAUUCACUGGUACCAAGGAUGAGGACCUGGACCUUUGGGGGGCUGUUACUCUGGCAACCACGGAUGGGUAGGGAAAGUCUGGGAACUGUGUCCUUACUUGGCUACGGAACUUUCUGACAUUCCCCGCCUUCCCCAGCGCUGCCAAGUAAACACAAACCAGGAGCUUGCUUUCCCCCCAAAUAAGUGGCUAUUGUGUGGGAGUAAAAACAUUUUUGCUGGUUUAA